AGGAAACCCUUUAAAGUACAGUAUGUGUGAACACUACAACAGAGACUUUCUCAUUGCUGCUCUUUCUUUUUUUUCCCUUCUCUAUGAUCACAGGAUGGCAAGGCAGAUGUGAAAGUACUCAUGGCAAAAUUUAAUGCAGGUAACAGCCCCGCAGAAGAUGUUUCUGGAAACAGCCGACCCUUCAAAGUCCCAGGACAACCCAUCCAUUCAGGAUUAUAAGUAAGGAAAGAAGCACUUGAGAAAUUUGCAAGUCAAGGAAAUGCAGCAUCUCCUUCAGGACCCAAGGCCUUUCACAAGCCUGUUCACUCUAAGCCUCCUCUGGGGGUCAAGCCUCCUGCUGAUGAUAAAACAGAAAAGGAUCCUAAGCCCCUGUAUUUGAAACCAGUGGCACAAAGGUUUGGGGUUCAGCUUCAGGCAACUAGCAGAGAAAAUGAUGGAAAAGCUGGAUGCCCUAAGACCCCCACCAAAUACAGUGACUUGCCAAAAGAGCCAAAGCCUCUGUAUCCAAAACCUCCAGGGAACAAGUUUCUUUCUCCUCAAGAGAAAGAAAAGCAGCCUUGGGGAUCCAAACCAAAUUCGAAUUUUGCAUCACAGGAGAAUGAGCCAGCAGUAUUUUCCAAAGUAGCUGGAGUUAAGGAAAAAUUCACUGCUGCAACACAAGAAAAUGAGCCUAAGCCUCAUUUCUCUAAACCACCUCUGGCACAGAAACCUUCUGUAAACCAUGAAGUCUCUCAUAAUGAAGACGCUUCUAAUAGAAAUGCUUUUCUGCAUAAAGGGACAUCAGGCCCAAGACCAAAAAUAAACUCAUUUAGAGCAGCAAAGGAAGCAGACAAAGAUAGUAACAACACUGCUGAAGCUGUCAGCAAUCACAGUCAUUCUUCCAAUAUGUCUCUGAAACCUACUGGCAAUUGGACCAGUUCAUCUCAAGUCACCCCCCAAAAUGUGGAGGAGAAGCCUGAAGAAAAGGGAGUGAGUGCAGUCAAGAACAUCUUCCUCAACAAAAUCAGCCAGGAAGAAUCUGUUUCUUCUCCCUCCAAGUUCCUUAAGACAAACCCCAUGUAUGCUGCAGGCUGCUUACCAGAGGGAUCACAAGAAAAAGAGGAGAGAGACAAGAACUUGGCCAUCCCGAAGCGGAAGGCUUUGCCCCCGCUGUUCACCCUGGGCCAGCCCCCACAGAAGCCCAGCAGACCCCCAAAUGUGGACCUGGAAAAGUUCAGGAAGAACAGCACAAAAGACAGAAACAUUGCUCGCCUUAAGGGCAUCAUCUUCAGGGGUGUGGGGGUAGGGGUGGGUAGAGCACAGAUAGACCUCCUCGACAGUGACAUCCACCAGGGUCAGUAUGUAGGUGAUGACUGCGCGGAGGACCUGGUCAUGGGUGAAGUUCACAGGUCUCCAUCAUGCUUGAAGCUGUCGCUCUUUCUCUGUGGUCGCGUCCCACACGAUUUUUUUUCGGAUCUUG